AUGAUCCGUGUACGAGAAACGUUCUCCCAGCCUGUCGUCGCCGCCUUCUGCGCCGGAGGUGUUGCCGGUGCCGUCUCUCGAACCGUCGUUUCUCCGUUAGAACGCCUCAAGAUUCUGUUCCAAGUACAGAGUGUUGGACGAGACGCAUACAAGCUCUCUGUAGGCCAAGGUCUCGCUAAGAUGUGGAGGGAGGAAGGUUGGAGGGGUUUCAUGCGAGGCAAUGGAACCAAUUGCGUACGCAUUGUGCCGUACUCAGCUGUCCAGUUUGGCAGCUAUAACUUUUACAAGAGGAACUUCUUUGAGAAAUAUCCUGGCGCGGACUUGUCACCACUUGCCCGCCUAACCUGUGGUGGCAUUGCCGGAAUCACAUCCGUCUUCCUCACGUACCCCCUUGAUAUUGUGCGAACCCGCUUGUCCAUUCAGUCUGCCUCUUUUGCUGAGCUGGGUGCCAGGCCCAAGGAGCUCCCAGGCAUGUGGUCUACCAUGGGCACGAUGUACAAGACUGAAGGCGGUGUUUCUGCUCUCUAUCGCGGCAUCAUCCCGACUGUCGCUGGUGUUGCCCCCUACGUCGGCCUCAACUUUAUGGUCUACGAAUGGGUCCGCAAAUAUCUGACUCCUGAAGGCGACAAGAACCCCAGUGCUGUCAGAAAGCUACUGGCCGGAGCUGUAUCGGGUGCCGUCGCCCAGACGUGUACAUACCCGUUCGACGUUCUGCGUCGAAGAUUUCAGAUCAACACCAUGACGGGCAUGGGUUACCAGUACAAGGGCGUUACUGAUGCGAUUAGGGUCAUCAUUGCGCAAGAAGGCAUCAAGGGUCUCUACAAGGGCAUCGUCCCAAAUCUUCUCAAAGUGGCACCGAGUAUGGCGUCCAGCUGGCUCAGCUUUGAACUUUCUCGCGACUUUUUGGUUUCUCUCAAGGACGGCAACUCCGAGGCCUCCAUCUGA